AAAAAACAUUGUUCAUAUUUCAUCAUCAUAAUUAUCGAAAUUUUCAAUGGAAAACGUUUAUAAUCUACGAAAUAAUAAUAAUAAAAAUCAAUCAUCUGGACUUUCAUUAAAUAAUAGUAUAGUUGUUAACGGUACAUCAUCGUCAUCAUCAUCAUCGACAAAAUCGACGAUAACAGCCACCAACAUAAUAUCAUCACCAAAAAUGUCAACCGGUCAUCGUAAAUAUAAAAAUGUUGGUGCCGAUGCACAAGAAUUAAGACGUCGUCGUGAAGAAGAAGGUAUACAAUUACGUAAACAAAAACGUGAAACCGAAUUAUCGAAACGUAGAAAUAUUGUCGAUGAAUCAUUGUUGGAUAUGAAUGGUACCGGUAUAACGGAAUUGAUGAUACAAAAUGUUUAUGUAAAUGAUUUGGAAAAGAAUUUAGAAGCAACACAACAAUUUCGUAAAAUAUUAUCAAAAGAACCUAAUCCACCGAUUGAAGAAGUUAUAAAAACCGGUAUCAUACCACAAUUUGUUAGAUUUUUAGAAAGUGAAUCACCAUUAUUACAAUUUGAAGCAGCAUGGGCUUUAACAAAUGUUGCAUCCGGUAAUUCGGAACAAACAAAUUGUGUUGUUGAAGCUGGUGCUGUACCCAUAUUGAUUCGAUUAAUAUCAUCAUCAAAUGAAGAUGUUGUUGAACAAGCUGUAUGGGCAUUAGGCAAUAUUGCUGGUGAUUCAUCACGUUGUCGUGAUUUUGUACUUAGUCUUAAUAUUAUGAAACCAUUACUUGAUUUAUUCAAUGAAAAUCUUCGUAUGUCAACAAUGCGUAAUGCAACAUGGACAUUAUCAAAUCUAUGUCGUGGUAAAAAUCCACAUCCAGAUUUUAAUAUUGUUAAACAAUGUUUACCGGUAUUAGCUCGGUUAAUAUUUAAUGCCGAUCCGGAUGUUUUAGCUGAUGCUUGUUGGACAUUAUCAUUUUUAACUGAUGGUCCAAAUGAAAAAAUACAAACAGUUAUUGAUUCCGGUGUUUGUCGUCGUGUUGUUGAAUUAUUAUCAAAUACAACAUCAAAUAUAGUUGCAGCUGCAUUACGUGUAGUUGGUAAUAUUGUAACUGGUUAUGAUCAACAAACUCAAGUUAUAAUAAAUGCUAAUGCAUUACCAGCAUUAUAUAAUCUAUUAUCUAAUCCAAAAGAAACGAUUGUAAAAGAAGCUUGUUGGACAAUAUCAAAUAUAACAGCUGGUAGUCUUGAACAAAUACAAGCUGUAAUCAAUGCCAAUAUAAUACCUGCCCUAUGUGAAUUAUUGAAACAUCGUGAUUUUAAAGUAAGAAAAGAAGUUGUUUGGGCAUUAACUAAUGCAACAACCGGUGGUUCACAAGAACAAAUAAUGUAUAUAUUUGAAACUGGUGGCGUUCAAGCAUUAUGUGAAUUUUUAACUGUAAAUGAUGCUAGAAUGAUAACUGUUGCAUUGAAUGGUAUUGAAAAUAUGUUAAAAGCUGGUGAAGUUAUUAAAAAUGCAAAUAAUGGUGAAAAUCCUGUCGCUAUGGCUAUCGAACAUUGUGGUGGUCUUGAUAAAAUUGAAUUCCUUCAAUCACAUGAUAAUGUAGAAAUUUAUAAAAAAGUUUAUGAAAUUAUUGAAAAUUAUUUCGGUACGGAUGAUGAUGAAAUAACAGCAAAAACACAGCCAUCGAUUCAAGGUGAUCAAUUUCAAUUUGGUAUUCAAACAACAACAGCAACAACAACGCCUGGACAACAACAACAGCUACCAACAAUGUUCCAAGAUGGUAGUAAUCAACAACAACAACAACAAUCGAAUCCAUCAUUUAAUUUUUAAAUUAUUGUGAAAAAAAUGAAAAUUUCGUUACAUAACAACAACAGAAUGUGUGGAGCUCUUAAUAGCCGUUUGCUAAACAAACAAAAAAAUGCGAAAAAAAAAUUUAAAUUCAUAGUGUGUGUGUGAGUGUAUGUGUGUGUGUGUGUGUGUGUGAAACAGGUGUGUG